AUGAUGGAACUCGGUGCAGCCGUCAAACCGCCAGAUCAUCGAACGCUCCUCGCAACCGCUCAAGCUCUGCUCACCACCUCAACGACAGUUCAUCAAAUCGGCAUCUUAAUAGAUCCCGGUUCCGAAAUCUCGUUCAUCUCCGAAGAACUCACCCGUCUGCUCGACCUUCGGAGACACCGAUCAUCCAUCACAAUCAUUGGUGUUGGUGGAACAAAAUCAACUGAAACUAAGGGUUUGGUCACCGUCACACUCCAGUCGAUGCAUUCACAGCAGACUGUCUGCAUCCAGACUCACGUGCUCACAGCCGUAUCGACAAUCCUGCCAUCGUUCUCAAUGAGAACUCCGGAUUGGCCUUACAUCAGAAAAUUGAGGUUGGCGGACAAUGAUUUCUUGACACCACGACCAGUCGACUUAAUCAUUGGAGCGGAUUUCUACGGAAGGAUCAUCAAGCCAAACAUCAUCAAGGGCUCACCAACAACACCAAUUGCUCAACUUUCCAUUUUUGGAUGGCUCGUCAUUGGCCCAGUCAACGAAUCACACUCAAAUACUAAUUAUUCACACUUUGCAGUUGCUCAAGAUGACCAGAGCAAUCUGCAAGAGCUGCUCACCAAAUUCUUGGUUCUAGAGGAGUCACCAAUGGACGUUACAAGCACGCUCACACCGGAGGAAGAAGAAUGCGAAUCACAUUUCUGUGCGACUCACUCUCGUGAUCACACAGGAAGGUACAUCGUUCACAUUCCACUCAAGGCACCAGCAUCGCUCUUAUGCAAUUCACACAAGAUUGCUCAAAGAUGUCUACAAAGCCCUUUGCGACGACUCUCCAAGGAUUCAACAUACAACCAGCUCUACGUCGAGUUCAUGAAAGAGUACGAAGAAUUAGGACACAUGGUAAAGGCUCCAAAUCAACUACAGAUUUCAUCAAGAGAGGCUGAGAACGUUGGGCCUGAUGGGAAGAUGACCUUGGCACAUGAUGCUUCGGCAUCAGGAGGGUUGAGGGUCUCUUCUGACGGUUCAACACCUCAGACCUCUGCUCAUCUCCAACCAUAUAAUUUGCCUCACCAUGGAGUUCUACGUCUCGACAGUUCCACAACGAAGCUCAGGGUUGUAUUCAACGGAUCAAAAGCUACGACAUCAGGCAAAUCAGUCAACGAUUUAAUGCAUACUGGUGCUAAUUUGCUCUUGAAUGUUACAGAUGUUCUAAUUUGGCUUCGCCAUUAUGACCACAAUUUUGCCACAGACAUCACAAAAAUGUAUCGCCAGGUAGCAGUUCACAAGGAUGAUUGGGAUCUCCAACGAAUUCUUUGGAUCGAUGAAGACCACAAUGUCAUCCCUUAUCAGCUCACCACUGUCACGUAUGGUACAAAGGCGGCUCCCUUCCUUUCGACACGAGCACUCAUGCAGCUUGUUCACGACGAGGGUCAUCGAUUCCCUCUGGCAACGCCUUCGCUCACACAUGGCAGAUAUGUGGACGAUAUCUUUGGAGGAGCAGACUCAAUCUCGGAACUUGUGGAGGUCGCUCAACAGCUGAUUACAUUGUGCAACGCGGGCGGAUUUCCACUCACAAAAUGGCAUGCGACUCAUCCAGAUCUUCUCCUGGCUCAUCCACACAAUCGUCAGCUCCCAUAUCAUUUGACGACUGCACUACCAAAUUACUCGGAAUUCAAUGGAUGCCUCAAACUGACGCAUUCGGGUUCUCAUCAACCUUGA